GUGUGUUGCGCGCGCGUGUGUUAUACUGGCGAAUCGCUGCCGGGAGGCAAUAACAUCAAGGUUACCGUAUACCGCGCGCUGACCAACAGCACCGCCGAUCCCUCCCAGUGAGUGGGCACGUGAGAUAACGUCGCCGUCGACCGUCGUCUCACAGUCGACGCACAAGGUACACAACUGUGCGACACUCGGCGUCGUUGUUUAGUUAUAAAUUAUGUAAUAAUAUUGUAUUUACGUACGAUUGUUUGUUAUUAUUCGUCAUGUUAUUUUGUUAUAAUCGUCAGUUGUAGUACCGUUCGUUUAGUUGACACGACCGUCGAGUGCGUUGUAUAUAAUAAUAAUGAUGUUAUGCAGUCGUGUUGUAUGUACAUACAAUAAUAAUAAUAAUAAUAAUAAUAAUAAUAAUAACAAUAAUAUCAGUUGUUGUUGUUAUCAACAAUGAGACGGUAGCUCACCGAAGUUGUCCCAUCAGUGUUUUGUUUGGGUCGCCCAUUCGUUCCGUCGAGUGUGGUCCGAUAGUCGCCGCCGACCAAGGCGUCUCCAACCGACACAUCGAGACCGACGACGGCUGUGUAUCAUAUCGAUAUCCAUUCGACGUAAAGCGUCUCUCCGAGUUGCCGCCCUCGCGCCCUCCGAUAGGGAGUGCUAUUAUGUGACAGCGGUCGCUGGGAUAUGUGCGACGACAACAAGCGAUUACAAAAGCCCACCAAUGGAUUGGGCUGCCGUCAGGUGCACAGCGGUCACGCGACGUACGACGUUGGCAUUCCGUUGGAGGAGAGCAUGGACAUCAUCAAUCAACAGUGCCAAGAGAUUUACGAAUUGAGGACGCAGCUGAACCUGGUGAUGAAUGAGAGGGACAUGUUGCUCAGCGAAGUCGGUCGUCUCAAAUUUGAUAUGGAACUCUACGACCAGCGCAUGAUGUCCCACGACACCACCACCAGAGAAGACAAAUAUGACAAAAGCAAUAAUCGAAAUUUUUUGAACCAAUGUGAACAAUAUAGUCAUUGGACAGGCACAAUGUCCAAAAAUAACAUGGUUCAACCAGAACCAUUUCAUACAUCUGCCUCGUAUGAGUUAUCACAAGAUUUGAUUGAAAAGCAGAUUGAGUUAUUAGAAAGAAAAUAUGGAGGUGACAGAGCCAGACAAGCUGCACUAGUCAUUCAACGAGCAUUUAGACAUUACAUGCUGGUAAAAAAAUUUGCUCAUAUUACAGCAAUGGCAAAAGCUGAAAAAAGACUUAGUAAACGAUUGGAAGAUACCCAAAGUUUACGAUCUCAUGAUAGUCAGCUGAGUAUAAGAUCAGGGUCAUUAAGAGAACGACGAUCAGGUUACUCACCAACCAAAUGUAACUCUCUGCCACGUUCUAGAUCUGGGCGAUGUGAUUUAAAUUAUUAUUACAGCUUGGAAUCUUCAUGUUCUCAUUUUUACUCAAAUAACUACUCCUACAAUGAUAUGAAAGUAAACAAUGUUAGUACAAUGAACCCGGAGACAGCAACUGAACAAUUUUUUUUCCAGGACGAUAUCACUAGUCAAGUGGCACAUCAAAUGAUGCCAAACUUUUUAUGUGGAAACAGCCAUAACAAUAGUUCAGAUACAUAUAGACAAGCACAUUCUGGUUCUGAUUGUAAUCAGUAUGGGAGCAGUAGCUCUUCAUCGUGUAUGUUUUCAGGGAGCUCAACCGGGUACCCUUCUAACAUUUCCAAAAAUAAAGUUCCUCCCGAAGUUCCAAAACGAACUUCAUCAAUAUCGUUUCGUUCUUUACGGGAACAACACCAAAACAUAGCAGCCAGUACACUGAACAAAAUGUCAGAUAGUGGUAGUUUAUCAAGUGUUCAAUCUUCUGGUAGCGAUGGUAGUCUUUCUAGUCAGUCACAUAAUUUAAAUCAAACAAAUUCUUCAGUUGACUCUUCCAUGUUGUCAAAUUCUAUAGUGUCUUGGAAUAAAAAAUCACAGAUUUCUGAUGUGAUUAGAAAACGUCAAUAUCGUAUUGGUCUCAAUCUCUUUAAUAAGAAACCUUCAAAAGGUAUUAUUUACCUUGUACGCAAAGGAUUCUUGGACAAUGCUCCCCAUGCAGUUGCAAGAUUUUUAAUAUCUCGUAAAGGCUUAAGCAAACAAAUGAUUGGUGAAUAUUUAGGAGAUUUACAAAAUUCAUUUAAUGCAGCCGCCUUAGAGUAUUUUGCUCAAGAAAUAGAUCUCUCUGGUAUGCAGGUAGAUGUUGCACUACGCAAGUUUCAAACUUACUUCCGUAUGCCUGGCGAAGCACAAAAAAUUGAAAGAAUCAUUGAAGUUUUUAGCCAUAGAUAUUGUCACUGUAACAGAGAUGUUGUGGCAAGAUUGAGAAAUCUAGACACUGUAUUUAUAUUAGCAUUUGCAAUUAUCAUGCUCAAUACUGAUUUGCAUACUCCUAAUCUAAAACCAGAACGUCGAAUGAAAAUGAACGAUUUUAUCAAAAAUCUAAGAGGUAUUGAUGAUUGUUGUGAUAUUGAUCGAGAUAUGUUAGUUGGAAUUUAUGAGCGAAUUAAAGCAAAUGAAUUCAAACCUGGAUCAGAUCAUGUUACUCAAGUUAUGAAGGUGCAGUCAACAGUAGUAGGCAAAAAACCAAAUUUAGCAUUGCCACAUCGUCGGUUAGUGUGCUAUUGCAGAUUAUAUGAAGUAGCUGAUAUUUACAAAAAAGAACGACCUGGUGUUCACCAACGAGAGGUAUUCCUUUUUAACGAUCUUCUAGUCAUUACCAAAAUACUUUCAAAAAAGAAAAAUUCAGUAACCUAUACUUUUCGUCAAAGUUAUCCAUUGAAUGGUCUUACUGUUUCUUUGUUUCAAAUGCCAUAUUAUCAAUUUGGUAUCAAACUUACUCAGCGUUUAGACAACCGUCUAUUGAUAACAUUCAAUGCAAGAAACGAUCAUGAUCGUUGUAAAUUUGUGGAAGACAUUCGGGAAUCAAUAUGUGAAAUGGAUGAAAUGGAAAAUUUGAGAAUAGAGUCUGAACUCGAGCGUCACAGACAUGGUCAUAAUAAUCGAUCAGUUAAUAGUAAUUCGGAAAAUCGAGAUAGUGGAGUUGCAGAUAUUGAUCUGGGUCCAUUGCCCUCUCCACCUGUGCGCAAUCCCAAACAUCCGGAUGAUACAUUUGAAAACAGCUCGCCAUCACAGCAGGCUACACCAAAACGGGCUGCAUUGACUGUUACUUGAUAAUACAACUAAAUUUAUUUUUAACAUAACUAAGAAAUUUUUUUUAUAGAGCACCACCAUAUUUUUAUUUGUUUUUUUUAUUUAAUACACUUAUUUUAUUAUAUAAUAUUUGUUCUUUAUUUUUUGGCGAUAAGUCAUCAGUAUUAAUAUUGUAUGACAAAUUAAUUAUUAUUACACAACUAUUAGUGUGGUGCAGCUUAGUCAAUCUUAUAGCACAAUCAGUAAUGUAAUUAUCAGAAUGUUGACUAUGGUAUACCUUGUAUCAUAUAUAUUUUUAUUCAGACCUGUGCCAAAGUAAGAGUAUGAUCAUGUGCACUUGUGGGCCAGCACAAAAUAACUUCCUCUGCUAUCAACGCUAGUAUAUAGACCUCGCGUAACAAUUAUUAUACAUAUAUUAUACACCAUGCUCAAGUAACACACAACCGAUGAGAAGCUGGUUGCACAUAACAAAUGUAAAUAUGUACGCUUGAUCAUAUUCUUAUUCUAGUAUGAGUGAUAUUUUUUAAAGUUUAAAAAAAUCAAUACAUUUUUAUUUAAAAUUUUAAACUAUACAAUAUAUUGAAGUCUGUAAUCAUAGAAUGUUUACUAUAGAUGUAAGGUAUAUGGCUAUUUAUGCACCACACUGUGUAUUAAAUUAUACAAGUAUACACAACUUUUUUAUAUUUGUGUUACAUUUUUUAAAGUCAAAAUGUUUUAAUAUAAUAUUUUUAACUAGAUUUGCCGUGUCCUUGCUUUUGAAUUAUAACCUUUAAAAAUAUAUUUACUAUAAUUGUCUUUUAAUGUAACAACUAUAUGUGUAAUUAUUUUUCUUUGUCAUUUGUAUUUAUAUUGUGAAAUGUCAAUAUUUUUGACAAUUUUUAAUAUAAACGUCAAAAUGGCUUAUAACGAAAAAAUAUUGUAUUUUUAUCUGUUAUAAAAAUAUUGAAUGAUGUACCUAUGUAAUAAAACCAAAUUGAUAAUUAAACGUUUGAUUAAAGAA